GAGGCUACUCCGCUGUUCCGACGUCACCCACAGAAACCCAAUCGAAUAAUUUUCGUGUUGAACGAAUGGUUUUUACGAGGGCAGAGCUUGCAAAGUCAUAUGCUAGAGACUGGCUUCAUAGCCAUAGACAGUGCUGAACCUUAUCACAGACGAUUUUCGUUACAAGAUGCAACUAUCCAAUUUCCGUAUGCUGAGAAAGAUACAGUUCCUAUGUGGGCUGCAGCCUUAAUUGCAGUUCUUUUGCCAUUUCUUAUAAUAACCGCUGUGUCACUUGUCAUCAAAAAAAGCAUGCACGAUUGGCAUCAUGCGACUCUUGGACUAAUUCUAGGUUUAUCAUUAACCUUACUGGUGACCGAGGUUUUUAAGACCACCGUUGGCCGUCCUCGACCAGAUUUUAUCGAUCGAUGUCAACCGAAGAAUGGUUCAGUUGAUUCACCUGUUUUCGGACUUAGCACUUCAGCUAUAUGCACCCAAACUAAUCAGGGCAUACUCAAAGACGGAUUCAAAAGUUUUAUUUCUGGUCAUGCUUCAACUACAAAUGACAUGCAUAUCUCAAAACCAAUUGACGUAGCUUCUUUUUCCGGCUUGGGAUUUCUUUCCUUAUAUCUUGCCGGCAAGUUACAUGUAUGGGAUCAAAAAGGUCAUACCUACAAAGGGUUCUUAGUAGUUGCACCUUUAGUUGUUGCCACUCUGGUUGCCAUUUCCCGAACCACCGACUACCGUCACCAUUGGCAAGAUGUUGUCACUGGCGGUUUAAUAGGAUUUUUACUUUCUGUUUUCUCCUACCACCAAUAUUAUCCUGCUCUACAUUCACACAUUUCACACAAACCUUACUCAGUCAGGCUUAAAAAAGGAGAACCAGAUUAUCGCGUGGAUUUUGCACUCCAUGAUGGAACAACGUUUGAAGUGUCUGUAGUUCGUCAUGAUGGUACAUUCUUACAUCAGGUCAAUGGAAAGCCUGUACAAUCGAGUGAAGACGACCAAAAUAUUGUAUAA